AUGAAGGAUGUUUUUGACAUGAGCAAAUGGCAUAAGUCUACAGGCAUCUUCCAAAGCCCUCUACUAAAAGAUCCGCUAAGGCCCAACAGCCUCCCAGCAGUUACUAUACACGAGAAACGAGACGUACUAGUCCGCAAUCUUCUCCAGAACUCGGCAGAGGCAGGAGACAUACCUCUGGACUCCCCAGCAGUGCCUUCCACUAGUCUCUACUUCCCAGAUAUAUCGAUGCUACAAGUGGAGGAGUCAGUACUUCAGGCAGGAAACACAGCCCCUGGCGCAGAUGAAAUCCCAACCUGCAUACUCAAAGUAGCCUGGCCUCUGAUCAAAGAUAAGAUCUCUUUACACCAUAAAGUAUUAGCAAGGCAACAAUUUGGGGCUCUCCUACUAAGAUCUGCAACUGACCUGACCAUAUGCCUAACACAUGAUGUUGAACAAGCGCUAAAUCAAGGCAUGACUGCCUCACUCCUUACCCUAGAUGUUAAAGGCGCCUUUGAUUCCGUGCUUCCCAGCAGACUGAUCCGCAGACUACGCGAGCAGGGCUGGCCUACCAAUCUCGUUCUCUGGAUUGCCUCCUUCGCUACUGGAAGAUCAGUUCAGAUCCGACUCGAUGGAGAGAUCGGCCCCUCAACAGACAUUGCCUGCGGUCUUCCACAAGGAUCCCCAGUAUCUGGCAUUCUUUUCAUGCUCUACAUAGCGCCUCUAUUCUGUCUAGGAAACCCAAGGAACAGAUUUGGUUACGCGGACGAUGCAGCCAACCUAGCAAUCUCAACUUCUCUUACUACUAAUUGCGAAGCCUUAUCAGACUCACUUUAA